CCACAAGUAGCUGCUUUCGACUAACGGAACAUUCAUUUCGGAAAAUUCAGUUCAUAGCCGACACACAACGCGUGCAGACGACAAACGAAGCUAACGGGAAAUAUAAAGAAUAUAUUUAUUUUUUUGGCGAAAAGGCAAAUUGUCGCUGUGUUGAGACCAGAGUGUCGAAAUACAUGAGUGUGUGUGUACAAGUAUAGGUGUUAUUCUAAUUAUAAUAUGUGAAUAUUGAGCAAAGGAAAGUGUGGAAAAAAUACAACAGCAACAAAAUAGUAGAGCACCGGUGUCUAUUUUCGUAGUAAUAAUUUUUUCAAAUUUACGCAAAAAGAAAAGAGAAGCAAAAAAUUUUCGACUAACGCAGUAGAAAAGCAACAACAAUAAGCACACCAGCACGCAAAAACGAUUAUUGAAACAUUGUAACGGUAAGCGGAAAUUGCACGGCACUCAACGGACGUUUGUUUUGGCCGUUAACGGUUUAUAUUUUGCGAACGUGAGUUUAGUCGUUAGAAAGCGCAUUCGCCGGCGCCCAAUUGUGGUUGAUGUGCAGUGAAUUUAGCAGCACCAGCACACACACAUUCACCGUUAAAUAGUUGCAAAAAAUUUUAAAGCGCGGCAGCAAAUGCUCCAAAACUACGACAAACACAAAGUUGUUGUUGCUAAAGGUGGCAAACGCUUUAUUUAUUUUUUUAUCAAUUUUGCGCGUAAAAGUGUAAGCAGUCGUACGUGAGCCGAAAAUAAAAUUAUAGCACUUGGUAGCUUUGUGUUGAUUUCUUGAUAAUUGGUGGUUUUGAAACUAAUUACUGUUCCAAAUUAACCAACAAUAAUAAUUACUAAAAUCAAAAUAAUCACAACCACAACACAAUACAAACAACUAAAGCGAAAUCAAAGUGAUUGCAAUCAAAAAUCAAAAAAAAAAAGUGAAAGCUCAAUAAAAAUUUCGAAACCACAAAGUAAAACAGCGAUACUGCAAAACAACAACAAACAACAAUAAAUUCGACAAAAAACACAUUACAUUGUAACCAAAAAUAAACACAGCGCUGCGCACACCGACAAACAAACAAAGAAACGCACAGGCUAACAUCAAAGAAACAGAGAAACAGGCGCACACGGUGCGGAAAAUCGCAAAUCACAAAAGCGUGCAAAUCCAAAGUGCAGUGAAAAUUCAGUCUCAAAAUGGUCGACGACUUUUCACCGAUGCGCAUGCAGAAGAAAACGCGCAGCGCCUCCAUUUGCGCAACGAGCGGCGGCAGCAUCGAAACGGCCAUACAUAAUAUGCCGUCGUAUGGUGCGGCAUCGGGCAGUGCCACACCCGAGAGCGGCGGCACGCCCAGCUAUCGGCGUCGACGACCGGCCACACGGUCGCAAAGUGCGCGCAUCACGACCGGCGCCAAAUCGGUACGACGACGCGCGCAAGCACAGGCACAACAGCAGCAACAACAGCAGUAUAAUCUGGAAAAUGCACGCUCUUACUGCACGAGCGAACCGCGUCUCAGCGAAACGGAAACGCCGCCGCAAAGACGCAAAUUAUCGCAACGAAGACCACAACAGCAUGCACAGCGAAAAUCAAAUGCGUUCCUCGAUGUGCCCGCAAUGCAUCAUUUGCGUGUCAGUGACGAUGAUGAAGAUCUGGAUCGUUUGCGCACAUUCAGCGCUUCCAAGGGCGGUGUCAUCAACCGCGGCGAUUCGUUUCGGCGUCGACGUUCGCGCAGCAACAGUUUGGCACCGGUGAGCCCCAUACACCCGCGCCUGGGUGGCGGUGGUGGCAUUGGCGGCAGUGUUGGUGGUGGCAUUAAUGGCGAUUACACGGGUGCACAGGAUGAGCCGCAACAACAACAACCUGUCGAGGUGUUUCGCGUAGAAAUGCUCGGCGCAUCUGGCGUUGGCAAACAGGCGUUGAUCCAGCAAUUUCGGACGUCCGACUGCAUUAAUGCAUACGAUGGACCAGAAUGCGACGUUGCGGAGCAGAAUAUUUCAAUAAUUCUAAAUGGCAUCGAAUCGGAAUUGAACUUCUCCACGGGCCAACAGGAUAACAAG